UGGCUAUUCAUAGAAACUCCCUUGAUCGGAAAACCCCAAGCUAGCCAUGAAGUUGACUCCAUUACAUUUCUCCAAUACCUUCACCUUCUUCUUUCUUCUGCUCCUCCGAUCGAUAACCGGCGACAACUCAGCUGUUGAGUACGAUGAUCCACAACAUGCUAUCGCCCUCAACUGCGGUUUCCUCCACAACUCCACGGCAGUUGACGGCAGAAAAUGGGUUGGAGAAACUGGUUCUGAUUCAAUCAUUUCUUUUCAUGGACCUGAAAGUAUAUCAGUGGUCCCAUCUUCCUCCGAUUACCACCGAUCACAUUCUCUCGAUCGCACUCCCUACAUGACAGCUCGAGCUUCUCGCUCAUCCUUCACCUACACCUUCCAUGUCCGCUCCGGCUACAAGUUCAUCCGCCUUCAUUUCUACCCACCUUCAUACUCUGCUUUCAAAUGGUCAACCGCCUUCUUCACUGUAAAAUCAGGUCCGUAUACUCUCCUCAACAAUUUCACUGCGUCCCUACCCGUCGAUUCUCGUAGCCUGCAAUCCAUCGUAAAAGAAUUCACCCUUUAUGUCCCCGACGACAAUGAACCCUUAUCAAUUACUUUCUCCCCUUUAAGAGCAACCAUCCCUUCGGAUGAGACAUUUGCAUUUGUUAAUGGAAUUGAAGUUGUUCCCAUGCCUCCUGGACUUUACUACACCAUGGAUGGAGUUGGAGAUGGGGAUGCAGGGGCAUACGUUGCAGGGCACAAGGGUCGAUUUCACCUGGGCAAAGACACUGCAAUGGAGACAGUCUAUCGGUUAAGCGUUGGUGGCAUCAAACUUUCAUCUGUUCAUGACCCAAGUAUGUUCAGGGAGUGGACAGAUGAUUCAAACCAUAUCACAGAAUCAAGUGUUUUUCCCAUCACUUCCACAAAUCGGAUCAAGUAUACGAGGAAAACAUCUAAAGAUAGUGCACCGCAAAGACUUUACCAGUCGUCUUGGUCAAUGAACCGAAAUUCGCAACAUGGUGAAGGAGUUAGUUUUACAUGGAAGUUGCCUGUCGAUUUGGGUUUCAGGUAUUUAAUUAGAUUGCAUUUUUGUGAGCUUGACUAUGACAUGAAACAGAGUGGGCAAAAAGAGUUUAUUAUUCUCAUAAACAAUCAAAUAGUUGAGCCUAGAGGAGACUUGAUCAAAUGGGGCGGUGAAAUUGGGGUUGCAAUCCAUAAGGAUUACAUGACGACAUUAAGAGGAGACAGAAUCAUGGGCAAGAGAGAUCUAGUUGUAGCUUUGUACCCAAGCAACGACGUGCAGUCAUCUGAAUUCGUUGACUCGGUUCUUAAGGGAAUUGAGGUUUUCAAACUUAGCGACCUCAAUGACAAUCUUGCAGGAGGGAAACCUCUGCUCUCCCAUCCUCAUACUUCAACUCAGCAUAGAGGAAAUCCAGUGCUAUCCCAUUCUUGUGAUUCAACAAAGCCUAGAUUUAGAAUGCCCACAACAAGUAUAAAUGACAUUAUAAUUUUGAUCAUACUUCUAGUUGUCAUUAUUGUUCACCAACUUCGUGAAUGGAAAGAAAAGAGUUGGAGUAAAAGCCCAUCUUUAAUAAACGAAGAUUUGUGUCGUAGAUUUUCAUUUGCUGAGAUCUCAUUGGCAACCAACAACUUUGACGAAGAAUUAGAAAUUGGACAUGGGGGUUUUGGUAAGGUAUAUAAAGGGAUUACCACUGUCAUUAAUAGUAUGGUCACAAUGACAGUUGCAAUUAAGAGGUUAGAUUCUGAAUCUAAACAAGGAGAGAAAGAAUUCAUAUCAGAAAUUGAGACACUUUCCAAACUUAGACAUAAACACCUUGUCUCUUUGGUAGGAUACUGCAAUGAUUACCGUGAGAUGAUACUUGUUUAUGAGUACAUGGAACAUGGAACUCUGGCGGACCAUCUCUACAAGAAUAAACGUAAUGGUAAUGGAAUUGUGACUCCUCUAAAUUGGAAGGAAAGACUUGGUAUCUGUUUAGGUGCUGCUCGCGGGUUAGAAUAUUUGCACAACAAUAGUGAGCAAGAAGUCAUACAUCGAGACGUGAAGAGCGACAACAUUUUGGUGGAUCUGAACUGGGUGACCAAAAUUGCUGAUUUUGGUAUAUGCAAAGUUGGAGGAGCUACAAGUCAUACUCAUUUCACUACUGAUGUAAAGGGAACCUGCGGUUACCUAGAUCCAGCGUACUCCUCGACCCGAAUGCUAACCAAGAAAUCCGAUGUGUAUGCGUUUGGUGUUGUGUUGUGGGAAACAUUAUGUGGGAGGCCGGUCAUUGAUGAAAGAAUUGACAACGAAAAACAGCGUAGCCUAGUUUUGUGGGUUCAGUCGCUGCUGCCAGAAUGAAAUGGUUGACGAAAUAAUUGAUUCUAAUUUGAGGGGACAAAUUUUAACUGAUUCUCUCAAGUCGUACAUUAAACUGGCAAACCUAUGUUUGCAUAAAAAGAUUAAUAAACGACCUACGAUGGAUGAAGUGGCAACGAAUUUGAAUUCUUUAUUUUUUGAAGGAAUCAAAUU